UUCCUUUGUUCAGUCUAUGUCCCGAUGUGCACAGAGAAGAUUAACAUCCCCAUAGGUCCCUGUGGUGGCAUGUGCCUCUCUGUCAAAAGAAGAUGUGAACCCGUUUUAAAAGAAUUUGGAUUUGCUUGGCCUGACAGCCUAAACUGCAGCAAAUUCCCACCCCAGAAUGAUCACAACCACAUGUGCAUGGAGGGCCCAGGAGACGAAGAGGUUCCCCUUCAUAGCAAGACCUCCCUGCAGCCUGGAGAAGAGUGCCACAGCAUGGGAUCUAACUCAGAUCAGUACAUCUGGGUGAAGAGAAGCUUGAGCUGCAUCCUGAAGUGCGGCUAUGACGCUGGUCUCUACAGCAGGUCGGCUAAGGAAUUCACAGAUAUCUGGAUGGCUGUGUGGGCGAGUCUUUGCUUCAUCUCCACUGCAUUCACAGUCCUGACCUUCCUGAUUGAUUCAUCCAGAUUUUCCUACCCGGAGCGCCCAAUCAUAUUUUUGAGCAUGUGCUACAAUAUUUAUAGCAUUGCUUAUAUUGUGAGGCUAACUGUGGGCCGGGAAAGGAUAUCCUGUGAUUUUGAAGAGGCAGCAGAACCUGUUCUUAUCCAAGAAGGUCUUAAGAACACAGGAUGUGCUAUAAUUUUCUUGCUGAUGUAUUUUUUUGGGAUGGCUAGCUCCAUCUGGUGGGUUAUUCUCACAUUGACCUGGUUUCUGGCCGCAGGACUCAAGUGGGGCCACGAAGCUAUAGAAAUGCACAGCUCCUAUUUCCACAUUGCAGCCUGGGCUAUCCCUGCAGUGAAGACCAUUGUCAUUUUAAUUAUGAGACUAGUAGAUGCAGAUGAGCUCACCGGUCUGUGCUACGUUGGGAACCAGAACCUGGAUGCACUGACAGGCUUUGUUGUCGCCCCACUUUUUACCUACCUGGUCAUUGGGACUUUAUUCAUUGCAGCGGGGCUCGUGGCCUUGUUUAAAAUCAGGUCUAAUCUUCAGAAAGAUGGAACUAAAACGGACAAACUGGAGAGGCUAAUGGUGAAAAUCGGUGUCUUUUCAGUGCUGUACACCGUGCCAGCAACGUGCGUCAUUGCCUGUUAUUUCUAUGAAAUCUCCAACUGGGCCAUUUUCCGCUACUCGGCAGACGAUUCCAAUAUGGCAGUGGAGAUGCUCAAAAUCUUCAUGUCCCUCCUGGUGGGUAUUACAUCAGGUAUGUGGAUCUGGUCAGCCAAAACUCUGCACACGUGGCAGAAGUGCUCGAACAGACUGGUGAACUCAGGGAAGGUGAAACGGGAGAAGAGAGCAGAUGGUUGGGUGAAACCUGGGAAAGGGAACGAGACUGUGGUAUGAGGAAAGGAUGGCACCCCCAUGGUCUGACUGCUGUCCCGAGGAGGACUGAUCUUGUGUAAGCAUCGCCGUAUAAAUGUUGGGAGCAGCGUGGGGAGACGGUUACCACAACCUGUCUCUGGGGAAUGGGGAAAAAAUAAAAAAGCCUUAAAGAAUAAACAGCAAAAAGAUCAU